AUGAUAAUAGGCAAGAAUGUGAUGAAUAAUUAUCAAGACGAACAUCAUAAUUUAAUUCAACAAUUUUUAAAGAAUAAAAGUCUAUUUAUAUUAAUGACAAUAAUUGCAAAUUUAAUAUUAUUUUAUAGUAUACAUUUAUUAAAUACUAAAUUUUGUGAAGCAUUUCCUUCAGUUAUUUCAAAAACUGAGAAAAUUCAAAUUCAUUCAGAUAAUGAUAACAAUAAUUUACGAGAUCUUGUUAAUAGUUUUGAAAAUAAACAAAUUUUUAGUCAAUUAAAAUAUUCAGAAAAUGCAUUUUACGAUAAAGAUUUAAAUGUUGUUGGGACUAUAAAAUUUCCUGAAGCUAAUCAAUAUCAGAAACAACCUUAUGUUGCGAAUGGUUACAUUGGAAGUAGAAUACCAAAUUUAGGUCAAGGUUUUACUUAUGAUCAAUUAGGUCCAGGUUCUAAUGAGGAUGAUUUAUAUAAUGGCUGGCCAUUAUUUGAUAAAAGAUAUGCAGGUGCUUUCAUCGCUGGGUUUUAUGAUCUUCAAGAAAAUACAACAGGUACGAAUUUCCCAGAACUUUUACAAAAUGGAUACGAAAGUAUAAUAUCAGCUAUACCGCAAUGGACAACUUUAAAAUUAUUAAUUGAACAUGAAGGGAAAAAUUAUACAUUAGAUCCAACUCAACAACAGCAUAAUAUUACAAAUUAUGUACAAAAUAUGUCUUUAUCGAAUGGUAUAGUGACUACUCAAUUCACUUGGCUUGAUUCGUUGGAUGUGAAAUAUACAGUGUUAGCUCAUAGAACAGAGAUCAAUCUUGGUUAUAUUGAUGUUGCUAUUCAAAAUAGAUUAAAUGAAUCAGUUUCAGUGAUGGUUAUAGAUGAACUAGAUUUUGACUCAGCUCAACGUUGUGAAUUAGAUACAAUUGGUCAUGAUGAUUCUGGAAUUUAUGUAACGUUUCUGCCAAUAAAUUUGGAUUAUGUUCAUGGUGCUAUCUAUUCAACAUUGCAUACUAACAGUCUCAAAAAGACUGAUAAAAAGGCGCAACAAAUGACUACAUUACAAAUAGAACCGUUAGAUUAUACUCAUGUAUCUAAAACAGUUGGUAUUGUUUCUUCUGAUUUAGGAGUUGGAGAUGUAUUAUCAUUUGCUAAGAAUGUCUCACAAAGAGAUCCAUCUGAUAUUAUAAACUCACAUAUAAGUGGUUGGGAAGAAAAAUUAGGUGAAUAUCCAUUAAUUGAAAUACCGUCUGAUCCUUUAUUAAAUCUUGGUGCUAAAGCAUCUAUUUAUCAUCUAUUAGCUAACUCUAGACCAAACGCUCAAGGUUUAACUGGAGCUUUAGGUGUUGGUGGACUUAGUUCUGAUAGUUAUGGUGGUAUGGUAUUUUGGGAUACAGAUCUUUGGAUGUUUAGAGCUAUACUACCAUUAAACCCAACUCAUGCUAGAAGUAUAGUGAAUUAUAGAAUGCAUACAAGAGAACAAGCAAUAAAAAAUGUUCCACAAGGUUAUGAAGGUGCUGUAUACCCAUGGACAAGUGGUAGAUUUGGAAAUUGUACGGCUACAGGACCUUGUUUGAACUAUGAAUAUCAUAUUAAUACAAACAUAGCAAUGGCUGCAUGGCAAUUGUAUCUUAGUGGCGCUGCUGAUGACAACUAUUUGAGAGAGGUGGCCUUUCCAAUAGUAAAUGAUGCUGCUAAAUUCUUUUCAAGUUAUGUUACUAAAUACAAUGAUACUUUUGACAAGUAUGUUACAUAUAAUCUUACUGAUCCAGAUGAAUAUGCUAAUCAUGUUGAUAAUGGUGCUUAUACAAAUUCUGGAAUUGCAUUAUUGAUGGAUUGGAUAAAUUCAAUGGCUGAUCAUCUAGGGGAGGAAGUACCCAACACUUAUAGAGAUAUAUCGAACAAAAUGUUUUUACCAACUGCUAACAACUCACAAAAUAUAACUUUAGAAUAUUCAGGCAUGAACUCGUCAGUUGGUAUUAAACAAGCAGAUGUAAUUAUGCUUACUUACCCGUUAGGUAAUAAUCUUAUUAAUACAGAUCAAGCAUAUAUAAAUAUGGAAUUUUAUUCACAAAAACAAGUAAGUUAUGGACCAGCAAUGACUUUUUCAAUUUUUUCAAUAGUUGCAUCAAAUUUAGCAGAGACUGGAUGUGCAUCACAAUCUUAUUUACAUAAAGCUAUUCAACCAUAUUUAAGAGGUCCUUUUGCCCAAUUUUCAGAACAAAAUAACGAUAAUUAUACUGAGAAUGGUGGAACUCAUCCUGCUUUUCCAUUUUUAACUGCUCACGGCGGUUUUUUACAAGCUCUUAUGCAAGGGCUAACCGGGAUGAGACAUACUUUUGAAGUCAAUAAUCGUAAAAUUUCAAGAGUUUUGCAUUUUGAUCCUAUUUCUAUACCUUGUUUGGGAGAGGGGAUACAAUAUAAUUCAAUUCAUUACGACAAUCAUACUUUAUCAUUCAACUUAACAUCUACUGAUUUUACAAUUAAGAACAAUGGGAAGAUUGAUAAUAAUGCAAAUGAUUUUAUAACAAUUUCAUUAGCUGCUAGAAAUCCUAAGUCAGGAAAAUUUAAAUUGAAAGAUAAUGAGUCAGUCACUUUACCUUUAUUCAAACCAUCAAAUAGUUUCCCAGAUAGUAUAUCUGAAUGUGGUGAUGCUACUUUCUACAAUAUCACAGAAGGAGCUCCCGGUGAUUCAUCAUUUUCAAUUAAUGACGGAGAUAAUACAACUCGUUGGCAAGUAAGAUAUAAUGAUACAGUAGGUAAAGUACUAAUUGAUUUACAUUCCAUCAAGAAUAUUUCAAGCGUUGUUUUAAACUGGGGAGAUAAACCUCCAAAAUCAAUGAAAUUGUUGAAAUAUAUUGGUUCAAAAUUUAAUUCAGUUACUGACUUUUUAUCAAAAGUUGAUUUUGGUAAUAAGUUAUAUAAAAACUAUAAAUUUGCAAAUCCAGAAGAUAAAUUAUAUAAUCAAAGUGAAUUAUUUGAAGAGAUUCAUUCAAAUGAUGUUGAAAUUAGUGAACCAUUUUCUGAAUCAGAAUAUCAAGAAGUAUUAGUACCCACAAGGCAUAAUGUAACUAUAUUAGAUUUAAAAAUUGAAAGUAGAUUUUUACUUUUGGAAGUUGAAAAAAUUCAUAAUACUAUUCCUAUUGAAGAUGAUUAUGGUGGUGCAAAAUUAGCGGAAAUUGUUUUUUAUUAA